CAGUGUUCCAAACUUGUGUAAGCUUACCUUUAAUUAAAAAAUUUUCGAAAUGAAUAUAAAUCAAGAUGGAUCCAAAGAAUAUGUUAUCUAUAAUAAUUGCAAUAAAAUAGAGAGUGAAAUAAAAAUUGAAGAAACUGAUAGUCAAUGUACACCACAACAAAUAAACCAUCACAACACCACCACAGUGCAACAAAUAAAUUUAUUCAAACAAGAAAUAACACAAGAUGAUGACAAUUGUAUGCCUUUGAAUAAUUUAUCAUCCAAUCCAAAUAAAUUUAAAAUUGUCAAGCGGCGUCGAAAAAAUGUUAAUAGCAUAGGUUCACAAUUAAACGAAGAUCACAUUCGUUUGUUAAAAAGGUUGCUUGUUGAUAUAACUUUAAUAAAUGAUAGAGGUUUUUUAAAAACUCUUCAUGAGCAGAAGUUUCCACGAAUAACAUCAAUGUCAUUGCGAAAACAGUUGCUUAAAUGGAAAAAUCUUAUAAAUCUAUCAAAUAAUGAAUCUUCUUUAGUUUUAAGAUCCUCAGGCAAACUCAUUUUACCUGUAGAGAAAUAUAAAGAAACUAUACUUAAAGCUCACAGAUGUGAAGGAGAGUUUACAACAACUCAUAAAGGGCAUUGCAACUAUUUUGAAACAAAGAAACAGUUUAAACUCAAGUAUACAAUGGGUUUUUCGAAUUUCGGGCCGACAACUAAACUAAUGCGUAAGGUUAUUGGUUUAUGCCAGGAUUGCUCAGAUGUUGUUACUCGUGGUAUUGUAACACAAGAAAAAUUGCCUCAACCUAAAAAUUCUGACCACUCCAAAUCAAAGCACACUCAAUACUGCAGCAAAAAGGUUUGUGCUUCAGAAAAAAAUCUGAAUAUAAACAAUCAGUUCACAAAUACUGUAGAUCUAAGUAUUGAAGACAUUGAAUUAGACCAUCCAGUAUUUUCAGAAGAUUUAAACGAUUAUCCUAUUAGUAUGUUGUAUAAAAAUGUGAAAGGGUCUCCCUGGUUUAAUCACAAAGGUGUCAUUCAAGAAAAAAAUUUCUAUAAAAAAAUGAUUGAAAUGAUUAGAGAGAUUGGAAUUGAGCUUGGUUAUGCAGCUCAAGGCAACAUUAGAGCUAUUGAUAGAUUAUCAAGUAAGAUUGCUAUAGCGAGUCAUAUAUUAUCAUUGUUUAAGCGAGACGUUUCAGAGAGAAAAAUAGAUCAGGAAAGAGAGUUAGAAGAUUUCAAAAUAUUUCAAGAGUUGUUUACAUCAAAAAAUAGAAUGGAUCUUUAUAUCUAUGAUCUAAACAUUUUAGCUAGGAAUGACAAUACUCGACAUUUUGCUUAUCUUCCGAUACCGAACAUUCCUCAAAUAUUAGUUACUAGCGGUACAAACUUUGACGAAGUCAUUGAAAUAGCAGAUUUUUUGUAGGCUUUAUAACUUUUGUAGCUUCCUUAUUGUAUUAUUUCUAAGAGAAAUAAAAUAUAAUAAUUAAGAAACUUAA